AUGUCAUGCCUGCAGGUGCCCCCCCACCGGCCCCUCCUGUGUACCCAGGUGGCCUCUCUCCAAGAAACAAAGGGCUGGCCUGGCCUUGAGAACCGGAGCCGCCGUAGGAAAGCGUUUUACCGAGAGAUUCAUUCUCCUCUCCCAAAGGGCCCCAUCCGUCCGGGGGGUGGGGCUGACCCUGGAGAAGCUGGGAAAAUACCCCAGCUGAACGGGGCGCUGCCGACACCCGUGAUGGACGGGGCGACCAGGGAGACAGAGCUUCACAGAGAGGGCCCCAUGCAGGGUGCCGGGGGCGCCCGUCCUGGCAGCCACGGGGGUGCUGGCGACCGACAGGGGCCGGGCCUGUGCCGGGGUGAGAUCGAAUUCGGAGGGUCUGGGAAGAAGCGAGGCAAGGCACGGUGUGUCCAGAGCCCUCCUCUCUCUGGCCUCAGCCUCUCCCAAGGCGAUGGGGACACCCAGGUCACACAGCAGGUCAAGACGGGGCCUGUGGGAGCCCUGGCCUCUGGCUGCGACCCUGUCCCCAUCCCCGUGGAGCCCAGCCCUCCCCUAUGCCCAGGGCCCCCUUACCCAGCACCCCCAUACUCAUUCGUGAAGUUGCCCAGUGGCGUGGCCCCGUCUGUGCUCUUUGACCUUCUGCUGACCGAAUGGCACCUGCCGGCCCCCAACCUGGUGGUGUCGCUGGUGGGCGAGGAGCGGCCCUUCGCCCUGAAGCCGUGGCUGCGGGACUUCCUGCGCAAGGGGCUGGUAAAGGCGGCUCAGAGCACACGCCUCAGCGAGACACCCGGGGGCAGCGCCAGUUUCCACACCCCGCUGCCCGUGGGUGCCUGGAUCCUGACCAGCGCGCUCCGUGUGGGCCUUGCCCGGUACGUCGGACAGGCUGUGCGUGACCACUCACUGGCCAGCACGUCCACCAAGGCCCGUGUGGUGGCCAUCGGCAUCGCCUUGCUGGGCCGCGUGCUGCACCGUCGGCUUCUGGAUGACGCCCAGGAGGACAGCCCUGUCCACUACCCCAUGGACGAUGGUGGCCGCCAGGGCCCCUGUGGACCCGGGCGCCCCGGGGAGGGCAGCGAGCCCACUGAGCUGCGGCUGAGGCUGGAGAAGCACAUCUCGGAGCAGAGGACCGGCUACGGGGGCACCAGCAGCAUCGAGAUCCCCGUCCUCUGUCUGCUGGUCAACGGUGACCCCAGCACCCUGGAGAGGAUUUCCAGGGCCGUGGAGCACGCCGGCCCGUGGCUGAUCCUGGCGGGCUCGGGGGGCAUCGCCGACGUGCUUGCUGCCCUUAUGAACCAGCCCCACCUCCUGGUGCCCCAGGUGGCCGAGAAGCAGUUUAGAGAGAAGUUCCCCAGUGAGAACUUCUCCUGGGAGGACAUUGUGCACUGGACAGAACUGCUGCGGAACAUCACCUCCCACCCGCACCUGCUCACCGUGCAUGACUUCGAGCAGGAGGGCCCCAAGGAGCUGGACACGGUCAUCCUCAAGGCGCGGGUGAAAGGUUCACCCUCACGCCCUCCGCCCGCUCCGCCCGCGGCCUGCAAGAGCCACAGCCAGGAGGCACAGGACUACCCGGAUGAGCUGAAGCUGGCCGUGGCCUGGGACCACGUGGACAUCGCCAGGAGCGAGAUCCUCAACGGGGACGUGGAGUGGAAGUCCCGCCACCUGGAGGAGGUGAUGAUGGACGCGCUGGUGAGCAACAAGCCCGAGUUCGUGCGCCUCUUCGUGGACGGUGGCGCCGACGUGGCGGACGUCGUGACGUACGGGCGGCUUCAGCAGCUCUACCGCUCGGCGCCCCCCAAGAGCCUGCCCUUCCACCUGCUGCGGCGCAAGCGCGAGGAAGGCCAGUGGACGCUGGCUGGGCUGGGCCAGCAGGCCCGGGAGCCGCCCGCCUUCUCUCUGCACGAGGUGUCGCGGGUGCUCAAGGACUUCCUGCAUGAUGCCUGCCGUGGGCUCUUCCAGGCGAUGAGCUGUGAGGGGGCGGCGGGGGGCCGGGCGGGGCCGAGGCUGCGGGCUGACACCCCCGUCCCCCAGGAGCAGGGCCCGGCCCGGCGGCCCACGGGACAGAAGGGGCUGCUGGACCUGAACCAGAGGAGCGAGAGCUCCUGGAGGGACCUGUUCCUGUGGGCGGUGCUGCAGAACCGCCACGAGAUGGCUACCUACUUCUGGGCCAUGGGGGAGGCAGCUGCAUCCUCAGAUCUGGCCACCCGCAAGAUCCUCAAAGAGAUGUCCCACCUGGAGACGGAGGCCGAGGUGGGCCGCACCCCGCGUGAGGCCAAGUACGAGCAGCUGGCCCUGGACCUCUUCUCCGAGUGCUACUGUAACAGCGAGGAGCGCGCCUUCGCCCUCCUGGUGCGCCGGAACCGCUCAUGGAGCAGGACCACGUGUCUGCACCUGGCCACCGAGGCCGACACCAAGGCCUUCUUCGCCCACGACGGGGUGCAGGCCUUCCUGACCAAGAUCUGGUGGGGGGACAUGGCCUCGGGCACGCCCAUCCUGCGGCUGCUGGGCACCUUCCUCUGCCCGGCCCUCAUGUUCACCAACCUCAUCACCUUCAGUGAGGAGGCCCCUCUAAGGACGGGCCCAGAGGACCUGCAGGGGCUAGACAGCCUGGACGCGGAGAAGAGGCUGGACCCCGGUGGGCAGCGGCAAGCUCGGGCUCUGGCCACCCGUCUCACCGCUGGCCGUGGCCUCCUUCGUGGUGCAGAGCGGCGGAGCUGGCCGAAGUUCUGGGGGGCGCCCGUGACCGUGUUCUUGGGGAACGUGGUCAUGUACUUCGCGUUCCUCUUCCUGUUCACCUACGUCCUGCUGGUGGACUUCAGGCCCCCUCCCCAGGGGCUGUCGGGGGCUGAGGUCACCCUCUACUUCUGGCUCUUCACGCUGGUGCUGGAGGAGAUCCGGCAGGGCUUCUUCACAGAUGAGGACAUGCGCCUGGUGAAGAAGGUCACUCUCUCCGUGGAGGACAACUGGAUCAAGUGUGACAUGGUAGCCAUCUUCCUGUUCAUCGUCGGUGUCACCUGCAGGAUGCUGCCCUCGGUGUUUGAGGCCGGCCGCACGAUCCUCGCCAUCGACUUCAUGGUGUUCACGCUCCGGCUCAUCCACAUCUUUGCCAUCCACAAGCAGCUGGGCCCCAACAUCACCAUCGUGGAGCGGAUGAUGAAGGACGUCUUUUUCUUCCUCUUCUUCCUGAGUGUGUGUCUUGUGGCCUACGGCGUGACCAGCCAGGCGCUGCUGCACCCGCAUGACAGGCGCCUGGAGUGGAUCUUCCGCCAUGUGCUCUACCGGCCAUACCUACAGAUCUUCGGGCAGAUCCCACUGGAUGAGAUCGAUGAAGCCCGCGUGAACCGCUCUGUGCACCCCCUGCUGCUGGAGGACUCGCCCUCCUGCCCCAACCUCUACGCCAACCGGCUGGUCAUCGUCCUGCUGGUCACCUUCCUGCUGGUCACCAACGUGCUGCUCGUGAACUUGCUCAUUGCCAUGUUCAGCUACACGUUCCAGGUGGUGCAGGGCAACGCGGGCACCUUCUGGAAGUUCCAGCGCUACCACCUCAUCGUGGAGUACCACGAGCGCCCCUCCCUGGCCCCGCCCUUCAUCCUCCUCAGCCACCUGAACCUGGUGCUCAAGAGGUUCUUCCGGAAGGAGGCCCAGCAGAAGCGGCGCGCCUGGGUGAGGGACCUGCCGGAGCCCCUGGACCAGAAGGUGGUCACCUGGGAGGCGGUGCAGAAGGAGAACUUCCUGAGCGAGCUGGAGAAGCGGAGGAAGGACAGCGGGGAGGAGCUGCUGCGGGAGACGGCCCACAGGUGUGGGGCCCCGCCCUGGCCCCGCCCCCGGGUGGGCGUGGCAGGAGGCCGGGGUGCUGAGCCCACGGGGCGGCUUACAGGGACAAGGGCCCCGCCUGGAGCGCUGGUCGCCUCGCCUGCAGGGUGCCGGUCAACUACUGCACGACGCUCCUCUCCACGGCCGACACGCUGGCCCACAGGAACACCUACUACAACUCCCGGAACUUCAGUGGUGGGAACCCACAGGCCUCUGCUGCCCGUGGAGGGGGCCUGGGAAGCAGGAAACACCCAGAGGCCGGCCGGCUGCCCUCGAACACCUGAGCCACUUGGACCGUCUGCACGCGGGGCCCACCUCUCCCAGAGCCCCAGGCCCCACAGACACGCCGGCCUGCCCCCACCUCCAGUGGAGCCCCCCCAGCAGGAUGUGGCUCGGGGCUUUGCCAAAAGGAACCACUCGCUGCCCUGCCCGGCACCUUCCCUGGACGUCCUGGGCCCGGGGUGCAGCGGUGUGUCGUGGGCCCUCCCUGACAGGCAGAGCCCUCAGGACCCCGACCAGAACCAACCAGCCAGGACCAGGAGAGCAGACACUUGCUGAGCGCCCUGUGCGGGGCACCUCCCGUUAGGUGGGCAGCUAGCUGCCUUGGAGUCCAUGCCCAACCUGUGUCGCCCACCAAGAGACUGGUCUUUUUCUGAAA